UAAAGAUUCUGAUGCUUAGGAUUUAUGGGCUAAUAGGUAGAAGCGGUUUGUUUUUUGUAUAUGGUUAAGCACUUAUAGCUUUUCUUUGUAACACUCCUGAUAGGGUGGCGCUAACAGUGCUCCAUAAUUAGUAAACCUCGCUGUGGCUUGCCGCUCGACGGUAGCUCUUUUAAUGACCUUAAGUCCUUGACCUUGAAUAUGCUUAGAGAAAGCAGGCGCAGCGGUUCCGUAGAUCCUUUUGAGAUUCAACGUAAGGCUUCUGAAACGGGGUACAAGUAUAAAGUUGAACUUCCACCUGGUUUCAAGUGCAUCUUGGAGGAUCUUGCUCGCGAAGUCGUGCAGAAAAAUCCAGCUGACAUAAAUCAGUUUUCUGCCGAUCAUUUUAAACGAAAGCUCGAAGAAAGAGCAAGAGACGUCGGACCAUUUGGGUUUGAAAACUACAAUGCCGACGAAUCCUGUCAACCCUGCACAACAGAAGGUUCGCACUCGCAGGUUAAGCAAGACGAUGCAGUUAGAAAGGAACCAACGGGACCUCGGCGAUCCACGCGCACGGAAUCUGUCCCACGGAAGACUGUCCAGUAUGAAAGGAAGCCGACAUCUCAACCACAGGUCAUUACUAAGAACCUGGAGCCUGUCACAGCAUCUCAUCCAACUUGCAGAACGAGUGCUUAUCUAAAUCUAGCCGCCGGAGACAAUGCCUCUUUGAGUCGUGGAACAUCUGUAAAGGACCAUGACGUCAUGCGUGCAACGCGUCCAUCUCGGCCUUCUGCCGCUCCAGCGAAAGCCACAAGAGACAGUGCAGUUAUUGAUAUAACUACAAGAAAAUCCUCCCAGGCUCCCACUUCUGAAAGUGAGGGAUUUUCAAACACCGAAGACAGUUUACCAAGACGAUUUGACGGAAGCAUAGUGUCCAGUUUGGAGAAGCGAGGAAAAAAGACCAAAUCGAUUGAAGAAAGGAAAUCAAUAGUGGACGAUGUAAAGCUCACCCGGCAGUCUAUGCUGGUGGCCGAUGGCCCAAAUGGGCCUAUUCCUAGAUGGUCUGUUGUUGGGAAAGAACCUAAGAACAAGGUUACUCAAUGUCCGCAAACGCCGGAUCCUUGCCGAAACGUCCAACCACGCACCUGCAAACGGAAUCAGUCCAAUCUUGACAAGCAGAACACCAAAAGCCUGCUCUCAUCAGCGACUGAACAACAACACUGGGCACCACAAUGGCCACGAACGUCACUAAGCCAGUCCUAUGACCAAAAGCAACUGAGUCAGCAGGAGAGAAAGCAGAGCGAAAUGAACUCACGACAAAGAUCAUCAACUGCUCAGCAGUCUCUCGCUCAGCAAUCAACCGCAACCCAGCAAGACAGAAAGCUAACGGAAACGGAUUUAAUAAACACAAGGCAAAGGUCAUCGACUGCUCACAAAUCACUUGCGAGUGAAACGCCCGUUCGCAGCUCCGUCGUUGCCGACAGAAGGAAGUCCUCGUUUUCAUCCAGCGAACGAGGAUGUAUGAUCACUGAAUCACAACAUGAUCUUAGCCAACCACGCUUUUCACAAUCUGUGCAAAAGCAGAGCCAAGCAGUAAAUAGGAUGUCAUCGGUUGUUGAAAACUCUAGAGAAAACAGUAUGUCCGAAAACAUGCGAAGACCUAGCGGAAGUUCAAGAGGAUGCAAACUACCACCGAACUUUAACGAAAGCGAGAUGCCACCACCACCAGCAACGUUGGCAUGCCCUACAGCACUAGACCGUGCACAACAGCCACGAGAAACGGAUGUUAUCGCAGAGUUAUUAGAGACGCGAAAAAAAUCUAGUCUGAUCUACAGUGGACCGCGUGCGUCCUCUCUGGAUCAACCAGAGUCUUGGCAGGUGGAAUCCCGCCGCAGCUCGUCGCCACAGGCAAAAACCAGCAAGAAUGAUACACAAAAGAAAUCGAAACGGGAUAAAGAGAUGGAAAGCUACAAUGAUAGGUAUGGUGGACCACACGAAUCGCAGCAAGAUUUGCAGAAACCAAAAAAGUCCGGCUCGAAAUUUAGUGGAUUCUUUCGGCGGAAGAAAAAAUCAGAAUUUGGUGGCGAGGACGCUGUGGCCGCGAAAGUGAAGAAGUCUUCAGGGAAGCAAAAACAGAAAUCUUCGCGGCAGUCCUCCCUUGGUCGGCGCUCUACAGUACAGUCAGGACGCGAAGGUGAAGAAACAUCGCUGCCGGCUCCAUCACGUCAGAGUACAGAUAGUACAUCAGGGACACCAAACAAACGAUUCAGUCUUCUUACUGGACCACGUGAUUCCCCAGAAGAAUGGUUGCCAUCUGUUAGCACGAAUACGGAUUCGCCACAUGCAACGGUAGUCACGAUAACUGAGAAAAAGAUCACUAGAUACGGGAGUAGCACCGCGGAUGCUUCUGAUGAUGGCCUCGAGAGCGAUAUCGAAGAUAACCGGAAGUCAAAGAACAACAAGAAAAAAUCGGCGAAAAAAUCAACGGAUGGCAAAAAAACGAAAAAGAAGUCAAAAUAAGCCACGUCCCUGACUGGCGGAAUCCAAAACGUGCUAAAGGGGCAUACUAAAUGUACUCCAGGACCGAGGCCUUUGAAAAAUGCUCGUACAUCAAAAUUUGUUGCAAAUGUGUCGGCCACACUGUUACCAAAAAGUGCAGCUGACUUAAAAGUCCUUCCUUUUCUUUAUUAGCACUGGCUAGUUGGAAUUUCGGCGCUGAAUAUUUCCUAUCUUUUAUCGUUUAGUUCAUCGUUACAAGCAACAAUACGGUGGUUCUACACACUUUAUACCUCUCAGGAUCUUUUUACAGUUUGCUGAUCGUCUGGUUGGAAAAAUAUUAAUGUGUGUAAAUUUUGCUUGCUGACGGUUACUGUAAUUAAUAAUAA